CUAGAACCAACCAAACGACGCCGUUGUACGAAACGCGAAUCUGUGUAGAAGUUGUCUUCCCCCUUGCUCGUCGAGAGAAGAAGAAGAAGAAGAAGAAGAAGCGUCGAAGCGAUGUUCCUGGUCGAUUGGUUCUAUGGAGUUCUGGCAACUCUCGGAUUGUGGCAGAAGGAGGCGAAGAUUCUGUUUCUCGGUCUCGACAACGCCGGCAAGACCACCUUGCUUCACAUGUUAAAGGACGAGAGACUGGUCCAGCAUCAGCCGACACAGCAUCCGACAUCGGAAGAGCUUAGCAUCGGCAAAAUCAAGUUCAAAGCCUUCGAUUUGGGAGGUCAUCAGAUUGCUCGUAGAGUCUGGAAGGACUAUUAUGCUAAGGUAGAUGCAGUGGUAUACCUAGUUGAUGCAUAUGACAAAGAGAGGUUUGCAGAAUCAAAGAAAGAGCUUGAUGCGCUUCUUUCAGAUGAAUCCCUAGCAAAUGUCCCUUUCCUCAUCCUUGGAAACAAAAUCGACAUUCCAUAUGCUGCAUCAGAAGACGAGCUGCGUUAUCAUCUAGGCCUCAGCAAUUUCACCACGGGGAAAGGGAAAGUGAAUUUAGCAGGAACAAAUGUUCGCCCCCUUGAGGUGUUCAUGUGCAGCAUUGUCAGAAAGAUGGGUUACGGUGAAGGAUUCAAAUGGGUUUCUCAGUAUAUCGACUAGAUGACAAUAUAAGUCUUAUCCUAUAUCAAAUGUGAGUGGUAUCGACUUGUUAUGAUAUAUCUAUAAUGUAUGAUUUCGAUUCGCGAUGUAGAAUGAAAUAUGUGAAAAGUAUGUAUAUUAUUGUAUAUUUUUGUGUGUGUGUGUGUAUACAACAAGAUUUCUAUUUUAAA